GUCUUCAAGCGCUGAUUAUCUCCAUCUUACAACCACUCGAUGAGUUCGUGGUCUUCAAGCUUUGAUUGUCUCUUGCCUUGCAAACAUAAGGUACCCACUCUUCUACACCAAACCAUUCUAUCAUCUCCCCCAUUGCGCAACACUCGUACAACCUGUCCUAAGUUGUUGACCUACGGUGUCCCUCGACAGAUCUCAACAUGGGACUACAUGAAUGCUAGUGCCAUAAUUCGCUAUUAAUCAUAAUAGCGAUGGCUUAUCCAAGUGGCGAAAGGUCCCUCAAAAGGUUGCCGUUCUCAUGACACUUUCCACUUUUGUGCCUGCUCCUUCUCUUUUUAGUCCUUGCAAGCUAAUAUGCAUGCUUUAAGACCCGCGUCCCCUCUCCACCAGCUGGAAUCUAGUCAUAUUUCAGAGAGUUAUCACAAACAACGCAUCUUAGACUAUAUCAAUAACAUCAAUCCCGCUCACUGGCCUGAAACUGACAUCACAAUCCCUUCGUCUUCUCCUUCGUUUCCAUUCACGGAUAUGGAUCGCCCAGUGACCGCCACCGCCACCAAAUCGAGGAACCUCACUUAUGCAGAUGGACUUGCAUACAGAGAAGCCCUCAUAUCCCGCAAAAUCAACAUCGAGGGGGAGAUUCCUCCGUCAUAUGGGGAACGCAACCCAGACUACGAGUUACCCUCUACGUUGACAGCACCUACAGAAGUCGAAAAUUCUCUCAGACAUGCAUACCUGAAUAGGAUUCGUGCUGUCGGUCUGGCUACACUUAGACUUUCUAUGCCAUUCUUCGUCACUGAAUGGCUCAUUGAUAUGCCGGAGUUGAAGUAUCACGUAUCAAUGCAUCUCGAAACCGAGCCUCUUAAACCGCAAAAGACAAUGCUACGACCUCUCAAUGUAUCAGACCCCGACAUUGUCGUUGGCUAUAACUGGAAAUCGAUACGUGGAGAUUAUAAACUUGCUUUCGAUGAGGUGCCAGACAGUCUCAGGUUCGCGUUCCCUAUAGUCCUGGAUACACAUUUUGCUUUUCCCUUCUUUUCGAUCGAGAUGAGAAGCGACGCAGAGCAAGGCCCUUCCCGGAACCUCCACUUGGCCGCCUUAAUGCUCAGAGGUCUGGGAUACUUCUACCAAAAGGCCUACGGAAAAAACGACGAAGCCGACAAGUUCGACGGGAAGGUACGAGUACUUACGGCUACGAUCAGUCGCAACGAUGUGAACGUAUUCGGACACUGGACGAACGGCGACCCAGGAGAUCCGAACGUUGCUUACGAGCACUUUCUUAUUAAAAGGUGGCGCUUCGAAGAGAAGGAAGAGUUCUAUGCGGCACGGCAUGGUUUACAGACGCUCUGCAGGUGGAUGAUGGAAGAGAACCGCAAGUGGAUUGUUUCUUGCAUGCAAGAAUUGGCCAAGGCUUGAUGUGAUAUUUCCAUUUUAUGCAGGGCACUUGGAUUAGAUAUUUGUCCGCUCGCUCUCGCUUGCUCUCUCUC